GUACAUCUAAUUAAAAAAUAAUUCACGCAGCGCAUGUGCGAACAUCCCCCACCAUACUACCGAGCGAAUUACCGGAGUUGUCUGCCAUCUGAUUGAACUGGAGGUAAAGAGAGAGACCAACCGAUAAAACGAUGCCGCAGGCACGUUGGUGGAAUGCUGUUAUCGCGAGCAGUCGGCCUAGGACGUGGGAACAACUGACUGUCUCCGCCUCCGCGGGUUCAGGGACAUCGGCAGGAAAAACACCCAUAUGUCCGACGACUGAAGCUGUAAUCCACCGGCCGGCUACCAUCAGAACAUUACAUCGCGGCAUGGCGAGCGGUCAACCUGGAACCAAAAUCCUCACUGAGGACAAUGUCUUCACGAAUCUUCGGAAAAUGGAGUACGCAGUGCGCGGACCACUCCUUUUACGUGCUCUCGAGAUCGAAAAGGAACUUCAAAAGGGAGUCAAGAAACCAUUCAAGGAGGUGAUAAAGGCAAAUGUGGGAGAUGCACAUGCUAUGGGCCAACAGCCUAUCACUUUCUUGAGGCAAGUACUGACCCUGACGGUAUCGCCGAAUCUUCUCAGUGAUCCUAACUAUCCUGAAGACGUGAAGGAUCGAGCUAAGACUAUCUUAUACCAUUGUAAAGGAGGCAGCAUUGGCUCGUAUUCGGAAUCGGCAGGAAUUGAGAUCAUCCGGAAACAUAUUGCUCAAUACAUUCAAGAUCGCGAUGGAAUUCCAUCUGAUUAUCAUAAUAUCAUCCUCUCGAACGGCGCCUCGGAUGGAAUUAAAUCCUUUUUGAAGCUGUUUAACGAAAAAAUAGACGGUAAACCAUCCGGUGUGAUGAUUCCAAUUCCACAGUAUCCUUUAUAUUCUGCCACUCUAGCUGAAUUUGGUUUGGGUCAAAUUGGUUACUAUUUAAAUGAAGAAAAUAAAUGGGCAUUAGAUAUUUCUGAAUUGGAUAGAGCAUUAAAUGAAUCAAGAAGAAUGUGUAACCCUCGUGUACUGGUCGUAAUAAAUCCUGGUAAUCCAACUGGACAAGUUCUUACACGUACCAAUAUCGAGGACAUUAUUCGAUUUGCAUAUAAAAAUCAUUUGUUCUUAUUGGCUGACGAGGUUUAUCAAGAUAAUGUUUAUGAUAAAGAUAGUGCCUUCCAUUCAUUUAAGAAAGUAAUGACGGAGAUGGGAGAACCUUAUUGUAAAAUGGAACUGGCUUCCUUUAUGUCUAUUUCUAAAGGUUAUAUGGGAGAAUGUGGAAUCCGCGGCGGUUAUGGAGAAAUUAUUAAUAUGGAUCCUAAAGUAAUGGCAAUAUUAUUGAAGUCGAUUUCAGCGAUGUUGUGUCCAACUGUUCUUGGUCAAGUAGUGAUGGACGUUGUAGUAAAUCCACCAAAAUCAAAUGAACCAUCUUAUGAAUUAUUUCAAAAAGAAAAAGAACAGACUUUAUAUUCUUUAGCGGAGCGAUCGAAAUUAGUAGUCGAUACAUUAAAUACCAUUCCAGGUUUUAAGGUUAAUCCAGCUAUGGGUGCGAUGUAUGUAUUUCCACGAAUUGAUUUACCAAAAAAAGCUAUAGAGGUAGCGGAAAGAGAAGGCCAACAGCCUGAUGUCUUUUAUGCUUUCAAAUUAUUAGAAUCUACCGGAAUAUGCGUAAUACCAGGUUCUGGUUUCGGACAACAACCUGGAACCUAUCAUUUUAGGACGACAAUUUUACCGCAAGGAAAAAUAAAAACAAUGCUUGAAUGCCUGAGACAGUUCCAUCUUAAGUUCCUUGAGGAGUACAAAUAAUAAUAUUUGAAAAUUUUUAUAUUAUUUUAAUCUCGAAAUCAGGGUCAUAAUAUAUGAAUCAGUAUUAAAUUUUCAUGAAAUUAUUUUGAAUUUAUUCGGAAGAUUAUUUUGCACUUUAUAGUAAAAAAAUAUAAAAAAGAACUUUUGAGAUUGUUAUAAAGUAGAUUUAUUAUACACGUAUUUGUAUGUAUCACAAUAAUUCAUUGAUAACUAAUAGAUGAUAUGUUUUUUUAUAAUA